CUGCAGAAGUCCACUCUUUCGCACCUCUCAAUCGAAUUCUCGGCCAUGGAGAUUGGAAGAAUCUAGGGCUGGGCCAUCGUUGUUCCUUGGGAAGUCCAAUCAAAGGCUUUUUCAGUAAGAUUUGGCCUGUCGAAUUUAGGAAUUAGGGCUUUUUGAUUCCUCUGCUGCUUUUCAAUUUCGUUGAGUGCUGAAGAACAGUUUCAUGGAGGAAAUCGAAAAGGCGAAUAGCGCAGCGGUUGAAAGUUGCUAUGGAGUGAUUAAUUUAAUUUCGCAACCGAAGCAGGAUGAGAAUCAGGUAAAGGAUUUGGUUGAGCAGACAGGGGAGACUGUGCUCAGGUUCGAGAAAGUUGUUUCUCUUCUCAAUCCUCGCUGUGGUCAUGCUAGAGUGAGAAAGCCUACCAAAUUUCAAGCUCGAUUCCCCCAAAAUAUCUGUUUAGAAAUUCCAAUCUGUGAUGACAAUCCCAAGCAGCCAUGGCACCUUCGUCAAAUCAAUCCUUCAGAAAGAAACGAUCGAAUUCAGGAAGUUGGAUCCAAUAUUCGGAGCACUCUCAAAUUGGGGAAUCCUUCUUUCGAAUCGAGCAGGAAAUUUUCCAUGCCCAGCUAUCAAUUUCCGCAGCAGCAACGGAUCCAAAAUCAGCAGCAGAAUGAGGUUAUGUACAGGCGCAGUAAUAGCGGCGUUAGUUUGAAUUUCGAUAGCUCUACCUGCACUCCAACAAUGUCAUCCACGAGAUCCUUCAUCUCCUCAUUGAGCGUAGACGGGAGUGUUGCUAAUAUAGAUGGGAGUGCCUUCGGUUUGCUUCGUGCAGCUCAAUCUGCCGAUCAAAGCUCGUUUCAUCACAAGAAAAGGUGCUGCUCCGGUCGGGGAGAAGAUGGUAGCGCAAAAUGUGGGAGUAGUGGCAGAUGCCAUUGUUCAAAGAAGAGGAAGCACAGAGUGAAAAGGUCGAUCAAAGUGCCUGCUAUAAGCGACAAGCUAGCCGACAUUCCCCCUGACGAGUACUCGUGGAGAAAAUACGGUCAGAAGCCGAUCAAAGGAUCCCCGUACCCUCGAGGAUACUACAAAUGCAGUAACGUGAGAGGCUGCCCAGCUAGGAAACACGUGGAGAGAUGCUUGGAAGAUCCAUCGAUGCUGAUCGUCACUUAUGAAGGUGAACAUAGCCAUCCCAAGUUACCUUCUCAAUCUUCUAACACCUAAAUCUCAGAUGAAAAACCACCAUCCGAAUCUAGUCGGGCGCGAUCCCUCUAAUUUCUUCACCCGGCAUUGCUUUGUUCGUGUAAAUACACCGCGUCGAUUCGAAUCGCCGAAUCUGCUGUUUCAGACCAUUUCUUGGAAUUGCCCUCUUGUUGUAGGUAAGAACUAAAACAAUGCAAAAUUGUGUCUGAAAGAAGUUUAGAUGCUAAUUUUGAGCAGACCUUUUGCUGCUGUCUUACAUAUUUGUGUUUUUGUGAAUUUGUGUUUUUCUGCUCAGAAACAUCCCUAUAUAUAAUCAGCUCUUGUUUGUUUGUUUGAA